AUGUCUCCGAUUUUCCUUUGUGCUCUCUCCGCGGUAUACCUGGGCACAGCCUUUCAGCCAUGCCUCCGAGCAGCGGUCUUCUUGACAUUUUUCUAUAUCUUCUGGUGGUACUUCUUUGUGGAUGCUACACGUGGCUCUCAAUACGAUCGAAUAAAGAUUCUACUGGUGUUAAUGGUUCCAUCCGUCUUCUACAUCGCGGCGAUUUACUUCCUCUUCCGGGAGACAAAGGGUCGCACUUUGGAGGAGAUCGGCGCACUCUUUGGCGAUACAGAAAACGUCGUGUCCUACUGGUACGAUGCAACUGAGGAGGAGCGUAAGAUUAUUGCGCAUGAAUCAUUCCGCGAUGCUGGGGAUAAUAGUGAUGACGCGGCGCCUAAGCCAGCUGUGCUUCAUGCCGAGUUGUGUUGA